GCGGUCGUUAUGGUAUGAACCACUACUUGGUUAUUCGUAUUCGUUAUGCUCUCACCAGGAUUUUGAUCUCCCAUAGGUGUGUAUUCUUUGUAAUCAUAGUUGCAUUCCAGCUAACUUUUAACUGUUUUUGUGUGUAUAUGGCAUCGCUAAUCAGCUUGAGAUACGUGUGUACGUUUUUCUUGAGCUUUUUCAGAGAGUCGAUACUGAGUUAGUGACUAGUUCGCUCAUUACUCAGGUAUCAUAGUAGUUUUCUAAUGGAUAAAUUGACUGAUAUUGAAUUUGCAAAAAGCAAUGCUUGUAAAUCAGCUGUAAAUGAUUGGCUUAAAGAUAAUCAAUGUAUUGGUCUUGGAAGUGGAACAACAAUUAAAUAUGCUGUAGAAUAUAUUGCUGAAAAGGUUCAUACAGAAAAUUUACAAAUCCAGUGUAUACCAACUUCAUUUCAAGCCAGACAACUUUUAAUUAAUUACAGAUUACCAGUCGUUGACCUUGAUAUAUGUGAACAGAUUGAUGUCACAUUUGAUGGAGCAGAUGAAGUAGAUGAUGAUGUCAAUUUGAUCAAAGGAGGCGGUGGUUGUUUAUUACAAGAAAAAAUUGUUGCUUCAUGUAGUACCAAUUUUAUUGUUAUUAUCGAUGAACAAAAAUGUUCAGAAAAAUUGGGUUCUCAUUGGACUAAAGGAUUGCCUAUUGAAGUGAUUCCCAUGGCAUUCAAACCGAUACAAACACGUAUAGAGAAGUUAUUUGGAGGAAAAACUACCCUACGACAGGCUACUUCAAAGAUGGGUCCAGUUGUAACAGAUAAUGGGAACUUUUUAAUCGAUUGGAAAUUUGAUACAAAUAAACAAUAUCAUUGGCCAGAAGUGGAUAUUGAACUUUCACGUAUCCCUGGUAUUGUAGGUACUGGUCUAUUUAUUAAUAUGACACGUCAAGUAUAUAUUGGCUAUUUGAAUGGUACUGUAGGUAAAUUGGAAGGGAAUACAAGCAAAUCAUAUCGUAGACUGUCAAUUGUCAAUAAUUCAAACAAUCAUUAAUGUUAUUGUAGAAAAUUAUCAUUGAAAUUUUGAUAUGUAUUAUAUGUAAUAACUUACAUUCUCAGGGUUUAUUUUUUGUUACAAUCAAUUUUUUCAUUAUUUAUUUUUUUGAAGAUAGAUAAAUGAUUAUUGUUGUUGUUUUUAUGUUGUGUUCCCCCUUAUCCGAUUUUUUUAAAUUUAUUUUCUAUUAUAUAACAAAAGUAUUCAGUAUCA